AUUAUCAUAUUUCAGUCGUGGCUACCGACUUACGUGACUUAUUACAGAUUAUGUUAUACAAAUACGGACUUUUUUACGUGGGGAGUAUUAUAAGGAUCUAACACUGGCUACCGGUACAAACCGAAAUAUCUAUGUCGAGGGUCCUGUUUACGGCGGUAAUGAGGCUCUGCCGAGUUAACGCUAAACAGUAACCCUAGAGCAAGGAAUAUAUUUCAUACGGGACACUAUCGUUAAUCAGUACAGAAACUCGUCUUUGAAUUAUAACAUUCAAAAUAUCCUGGGGAGAGGAGGUGCAGAUCCUUUAAACAAUGUAUCUAUUGACGAGGAAUCCUUGUACGCUGAAAGGCAAAGAGCCAUACAUGAAGGUUGUCUUAGAAUGAAUAGGACAGUUUCUUUCAGUUGGAACGAAACAAAGCAUUCAGUUGUUUCGAAAAAUCGUUUAAUAUACUAUUGUCCGAUAACAAAGGUUGGAUCAACAUUCUGGAAAAGAAUUCUAACUGUACUUGAUAGCCAAGGAAAGUAUUCGUCACCUUUUGAAUUGGAUCUAGGUCAAGUUAAAUUGUUAAACGCUAAAGAACUUUCAGCAACAGACUUAAAGCGUGUCGAGGAAAAUGGGACUUCUUUCAUGUUUGUAAGAGAUCCCUACGCCCGGAUAUUUUCAGGUUACGAAAACAAAAUUUAUCAUUCCAAUUUAAUGUAUUGGAACGCAAUAGGCAAACAUGUUAUUCGACUCAUUCGUAAAAGUAAUGACGAUGUGUAUACCAAAUACGGAUUUGACGUCACCUUCCCCGAGUUCAUUAAGUACUUACUGUAUCUCAGUGAAAAUAACAAAAAUGUCGACAUUCAUUUUAAACCAAUGGUUUCAAUCUGUGACCCCUGCAGUACACACUUUCAAUACAUUGGAAAGAUGGAAACGUUUAAAAAAGACGCCGAUUUUCUCAUAUCAAAAUGGCGACAGAAAGAGUUUGGAAAUGUUACCAUAGAGUUCGGGAACUUCGAGAAAGACUCUAUCGUAGAUACUGCGAGAGGACGGAUUAAGUUUUUAUUUCAAACGAAGACAAUUUUAGAUCAAAUAAGGUUCCCUUUUGAAAAACUAAUGCUAAGGACAUGGCGAGAUCUACAAAUAAGAGGCUAUAUAUCUAAGCAUGUUAAAUUUCCGUAUGAACAUUACAAUGUAACCACAAUUACAAAAGAGGAUUUUAUUGCGGAGGUUAAAAAAGCUUUGGAGGCGAUACCUGAUCGUGAAACGAUCAAGAAACAAAGAGAAGAAGCUCUUGUACAGUCUUAUCGACAGGUCUCAAUAGAAGACAUGGAACGUUUGAGGGAAUUUGUUCGGGAGGACUGUCAGUUGUUCGGAUACGAUGACAAGCCAGCACACUUAUUUGAUAGAACAACACCUCUACAAGAUGAUUUUUUAUAUCUCGAUGGCUUAGAUACGUGAAAUAAUUUGAUAGUCUCAUUUUCAUGUUUUGUAGAUCUGAAAGAUAAAAUGAUUGAUAAAGCAGAAAAAUAAAUUGCCGUUAUCCCCCCUAGACCGUCCUUUCAUUACCCUAACAAAAUCCGCCCAAUUUCGUCCGUCCGUUACCCCGUCAGACAUAAACGAUAACUCAUGAUAUCUUUCUGAAAUAUCUUCCAAAUGAUAAGGGGAUCAGGACGGCGAUGGGGAAAAUCUAAGAGAAAGGGGAAAUACUUACCGUAGACGAAAAACAAGAAGUAAUGCAAAAGUGUCACCACAACAGUAUGUAACAAUGAACACGAUAUACAUCUGAGUACCACAGGGAGCCGUCUUGGAACCGGCAACAGCUUAACCUGGGCAGUUUAAACCGGUAAAUGGUGCCCCAAACCUGUAAGCCUCAACGUGUUCUUUUAAAACAAGUAAAGGGCCCGACGAAGCAAGACAGAGGAUGAAAAUUAAGACUUUUCAGGUCCAAAGUGUUUUAAGAACUGCCCAUCAAAGAGUCUUCCACUUGGUCCGUCAGAUAUAAUCAAAAUAUGUAAGCGUAGUGCUCAAAUGUAAAAGGGUUGAGCACUAAGCAUGCAGUAUGUCUUAGAAUAGAAGGGUCAUAACCUCUUUUAAUAAAAUGUUUAAUUAUUUUAGAAAAGGCAGUAGAAAAGUUACCAUGACCC